AUGGACCAGAAGUCGCCGCCGAUAGAGGAGGAAGAUGGCUUGAAAGGAAAAAAGUCCAAACAGGGCCCAAGAAAGCGAGUCUCCCAGGCUUGUGACAAAUGCCGCAGCCGAAAAGACAAGUGCGAUGGAGCAAAGCCAGCUUGUUCGACCUGUGUCGCAAAUGGCCGCGCUUGCUCUUACGACGCGAAUGUGAAAAAGCGCGGCUUGCCAGAAGGGUAUGUACGGGGCUUAGAGAAGUUGUGGGGGCUGGCCAUUCGGGAUGUGGAUAAAAUCGAAGACAACAUGCUCGAAGCCAUCACUCGUAAAAAUGGAGACCAGCAGGACUGGAAUGAUGAAGCUGGCUCUGAAAGUUUGGUGAAGUUGUGGAGAAAGUCACAGCUUUCGCAGGAACUAGAGCGGGUACUUUCAUCCAUUGAAACUGUCGCAGAAAGUGGUAAAAGAAAACGACUUGACUCCGAUGCGCAACCCGACCGGCAAGGGCUUGGUACAGACUUUGGUGGAUCUCUACCGGCUGAAAUAGAUAGAAUAGAUGCCUUGAAACUGAAAACUGACACAGUCACGACUCAGAUCAUUCCUGAAGGCAACGGGCAUCGAUCAAUUCUUACACCUGCUGAAGGGGCACUUGAUAGGAUUCCAGAUCUUCCAUCGGAGACUUGGCACCUUUUAGACGUUUACUUUUCUUACACUCAUCCUUGGCUGCCAAUAAUCGAAAAGCACGAUCUUUUACGAACUUCUUACCAAUACUCACAAAACCAGAAUUCGGGUUGCGCUUCUGGAGACCACGCUGUGUUAUGGGCUGUAAUUGCUUACUCGAAGUUUCAACACAGAGCCAUAAAUAAUAUACCCCGAGCUCAGGGCUCUGUUCGUGAUGUGGUGUGGACAGCGGAAAGAAUGUACGCUCACGCAAGAACACUAAUCCCUAACGAGGAAGGUAUCUUUGAACUCGGCCACCUCCAGGCCCUACUCAUUCUGACGUUGGCAAACAUUGGAAUGGGUUAUUUAAGUCGUGCCUGGAUACUUGUCGGUAACGCAGUACGAGCUGCUUUAAAUCUACAACUUCAUAAGUGGCCCGAGCCUACAUCAAAUGAGUAUAGACCAAAAUCUCGAGCGAAACACAUAUUCCUUGGCUGUUUCGUUCUUGACACCAUUAUUGCCGCCCGCUUAGGACAUCGGCCACAUCUCAGAGCUGAUGACGCUAGUGAGGUCGGGUUAAUUGAUGAAGAUGGCCUCGAAGAAUGGGAUCCUUGGACUGACUCUUUGUCGGUUCGGAAGACGUAUCUUGCUAGUUCGCGAGUACCGUCCUCGAUUUUGAGCACUUUCAACCGACUUGUUCAAGUCCUUCAAGUGUUAAGCGAAGCCAUUUGUGCGCCCAGUGAUGACCGGUCUCUACAAAUAAGCACGGGUCUGCUCGAAAGACUCCACGUCUUCAGUAGAUCACAGUCUCCACCGCUUUAUUUCGAUUCUUCCUCGGCGAAUAGUGAGCAAGCUUUGUCUCUGCUCCCUCACCAAUACCACCUACAUUUUACAUAUUUUACAACACUAGCAUUUUCUCAGAUGCUUGCGCAUAAUCAGAGACAAGAUGCAUUGAGCCUAGAAACUCCUUUGAGAACAGCUCGGCACAUCUCUGAGCUACUCAAGAGGCAUUCUGGCAUAUAUGGGCUGCUGAUUGUUCCUCCGACGUAUGAGUACUUUAUAAAGAGUGCAUAUGAUAUUGUUAGUGAGGUCCAGAGCAGUAUUGACCAUACUCAUGUUACUUUCAACGAUUGGAAGCACGAUUUGGAUGUGUGCUUGGAUGAGAUGGAAAAUUCCUGGACAACUUUCGAGUCCCUUCGAGAUGAAGUUUCCCGACAAUUCCCCACCCGACGCCGGCGAGAGAGUGAGGUAGCUUUUGAUCUAAUCAAUGGUAUGAAUCAACAACAACCGCAGCCAGAUACGCCGAUGUCCGCACAAACUCCUCAAAGUUCUCACAUGUCAGGACCAUACAGCCCAAAUCCGUUUUCGGGACAAAGUCACAACUCCAUGAACACUCUACGACCGCGAACUUUGAGCCAUACGAUGGGAAUGCCACCCUCUACAUUACAUCGGUCUCAAUCAUUUGGUAGAACAACUCAUGGUCUACCACAGCCUCCUAGCAUGUACCAGAAUGCUCACGCGGUUCUUAUUAACAGAGGUGAUCAGCCACAGGCAGCAGCGGCAAGAAGUGGCGGCUCCCAAGUGGCUCCUCGAUUGAAUUUGGCAGUGGAGUCACCACUCGACCCACAGUUCGCGAGCAACCUCUCCGCUAUCUCUGACAACGACACAGACCCCUUAGCAAACGAAUUCGCUGCUCUCGAUGCCAUGGAAUGGACCGGCAACUGGGAUCAGAGUCUACUCAAUCUCGGUUUCACCGACCGAGACAACAUGAAUCAAGACUUUUACACCUUUUGUCAAGAACCUGAUCCUUUGCACCCGAAUACCGUCUUUCAACAGUUGGUUGCAAACUCUAAUGCGGAGGUUACGGACUUUUUCGAUGGUUCGGGAUUGGGAUUGGGUGCAUCGGUUGGCGCUUUUGGGAUGGGCUUGAUAGAUGAGCAUGAGGGUAUUGAGGCUAGUCAGAUAUUACAGUCGUUGAGUGCGGCGGAAGAUGAGAGAGCGGGACGAGUGUUGAAUUAA